UUAGAUCCAGUAAAGAGGAAUCCACCAGGUAUUUGGAGAGAGUCUUUAGCGAAGCGUGGAAAGAACAGCUUCUGGGCAGCAGAGAGCUCUUUCAUUUUCUUCCGACUUCUCAGGCAUCCUGGAAAUGAUGAGUUACUACAUGGAUACAACUAUUGGGAAUCCUUCUCAUUAUCCCCUGCCUCGUCCUCUGAUGAUGAGACAGGGAGAUGUCGGUUCCUACGAAGACCCCUGGAUGAGUUGUGGGUUCCAAUCCACUUGCUACCAGCAGAGGGCAAUCUGUUCCCUUUGGGAUGAGACUGCAAUCCAGGAAGUGCCCACAGGCUUAGAAUAUUACAGCACAGAUAUGGAAUGUGCAGAUGUGCCUUUGUUAACCCCAAGCAGCAAAGAAAUGAUGUCUCAGGCAUUAAAAGCCACGUUCAGUGGUUUCACAAAAGAGCAGCAACGACUGGGAAUACCCAAAGAUCCUCACCAGUGGACAGAAACUCAUGUACGGGACUGGAUUAUGUGGGCCAUGAAUGAGUUCAGUCUGAAGGAUGUGGACUUCCAGAAGUUCUGCAUGAAUGGAGCUGCCCUGUGUGCCCUAGGGAAGGACUGCUUCCUUGAAUUAGCACCAGACUUUGUAGGAGACAUUCUUUGGGAACAUCUGGAGAUGUUGCAGAAAGAAGAGAUCAAGCCAUAUCCAGCAAAUGGAAUAAAUACUGCCUAUCCAGAAUCUCGCUAUACAUCCGACUACUUCAUUAGUUAUGGCAUUGAGCAUGCCCAGUGUGUGCCUCCAUCAGAGUUUUCUGAGCCCAGCUUCAUCACAGAGUCCUAUCAGACUCUCCAUCCAAUCAGCUCUGAGGAGCUCCUGUCUCUCAAAUACGAGAAUGAGUACCCAUCAGUCAUUCUUCGCGACCCAGUGCAGAUGGACUCCUUGCCGACAGACUACUUCACAAUCAAACAGGAAGUCGUAACACCGGAUAACAUGUGCAUGGGGCGUGCCAGCCGAGGUAAACUUGGGGGCCAAGAUUCUUUUGAGAGUGUUGAGAGUUACGACAGUUGUGACCGCCUGGCCCAGUCCUGGAGCAGCCAAUCAUCCUUCCAGAGUCUCCAGCGUGUCCCUUCCUAUGAUAGCUUUGAUUCAGAGGACUAUCCUGUUCCUCUGCCCAACCACAAGCCCAAAGGCACUUUCAAGGACUAUGUACGAGAUCGAACUGACAUGAACAAGGACAAACCUGUCAUUCCUGCUGCUGCCCUGGCCGGUUACACAGGCAGUGGACCUAUUCAGUUAUGGCAAUUCUUGCUGGAACUUCUGACAGACAAAUCCUGCCAAUCAUUCAUUAGCUGGACAGGUGAUGGCUGGGAAUUUAAACUUUCUGAUCCUGAUGAGGUGGCAAGGAGAUGGGGCAAGCGGAAAAACAAGCCAAAAAUGAACUAUGAGAAGCUGAGCCGUGGAUUGCGUUACUACUAUGACAAGAACAUCAUCCACAAAACUGCAGGGAAACGCUAUGUGUAUCGUUUCGUAUGUGAUCUGCAAAGUUUGUUGGGGUACACACCUGAAGAGCUCCAUGCCAUGCUGGAUGUGAAGCCAGAUGCUGAUGAGUGAAUGGAUCCAUUUUACCAAAAUUGAACAAUCUGCAGAACAUAAGGACUUUUAUUUCUUUCUUACCCCCAAUCUUUAUUUUCCUUUAAAAAAGAAAAAAGAAAAAGCAUACUUUUUCAUUGGUUGUACUUAAGAAGGGGUAGGAUUUUAAGCUUUUGAAUGAAACUGUGACAUAGGUUGGCUGGGAGGAGAAAGAACAAAGUUUCCAAUUCCAGUUCCACCUCCAAUUCUUUUUGGAGUUGUAUUUGCAGCUGGGAUCUUAGAAGUCAGGAAAAGGACAACCGUUUUGUUCCAUCUAUUUAAUGAAUUCAUAUCAUCCCCUUUCUUCCUGGUCUUAAAAACUGACAAUCGGUGUGCUUGUAAGACAGCCUGUCUUUAACUGAUGGAGAACAGUCGUAAGUGGCAAACUAUCCUGUUUUACAGGAAAAAAUAUAUCUGAAUAACAAAGUACUGUGACCUCAGAUAAUUUUGCAUUUCAUAAAACAGGUCUCUGUUCUUCUGUUUGUCAGGGGGGACCAAAAAAAAAAAUCCUUUUUUUUUU